AUGGCAGAGGAUAGUUGUGCAAAUCCACUGCUGCUGGGCUGGAUCAAGAAGUGGCACGAUGAUGCAGUGGAGAGGAACUUGAAGGGAGCAAGCGUCACGUACAAAAGGGCCUAUAACUCCCUAAAGGCGUGUCCUUUGGAGUUUAGCCAUCCUUCAGAAGCGCAACAGCUUACUGGGCUUGGGCCGAGAAUGUGUGAUCGUUUGACUGAGAAGCUCAAGGAAUACUGUCAAGAGCAUGGCCUUCCUAUGCCAGAACCACCGCAGAAGGGGGCAGCAGUCAAGAAACGGCCGUCUACCGAUGAGCUACCCCAAACCGAGAGCCAGCCUACUAAACGACCAAAGAAAACGAAACCCUACGUUCCAACGUUGCGUUCAGGGCCCUAUGCACUUCUGCUAGGGCUUGCUACGCUAGACAAGAACUCGUCAGUAGGCUUGACCAAAGCUCAGCUCAUAGAAGUUGCGCAGCCCCACGCAGAUGCCUCCUUCACAGCGCCUCCUGAUCCAAACAAGUUUCACACCGCGUGGAAUUCGAUGAAAACCCUCCUUCAGAAAGAUCUUGUCUACGAGCGUGGCAGACCACUGAAGAGAUACCUUCUCACAGACGAAGGAUGGGAAAUUGCGAAACAGAUACAAAAGACGGUGCGGGGCAAUUCACAGGCACCCUCGGAUCCGCGGGGCACCAUUACACCUGAAUCGCGCCUAUCGCAUGUGGAAAAAUCAACUUUUUCGACAAAUGAAUCAGUUUCAAACCGUAUCCCGCGCGCCUUACGAACAAAUGCCAGUGGUUCAAGAUUUAUCCUCCCACGAGACAGCUUCACAAUUGAGCUAGUCCUUGAUACUCGGGAAGUUCGUUCUUGGCAGGAUCGAGAUUACAUCUCAAAUGGACUGGCCAAACGAGGAGUCACGCCGAUGAUCCGUGCUCUAGAGAUUGGAGAUAUCAAUUGGGUUGCAAAAUGCAAGGACCCUAACUUCCUUGCACAAUAUGGUGAACAAGGAGAUGAGGUGGUCCUAGACUGGAUCGUCGAAAGAAAGCGGCUCUCCGAUCUACUUUCCAGUAUAAAAGACGGUCGCUUCCACGAACAAAAAUUCCGCCUUCGUCGCUCGGGAAUUAAAAAUGUAAUAUACCUAGUGGAACUUAUGACUCUUACGAAUGCAAAUAUUGCAAGCAUAAAUCGCGAUAUGGCCGCAAUCACAUCGGCAAUAGCCUCGACGCAGGUCGUCAAUGGUUAUUUCGUCAAGCAAACAAACAGCCUUGAUGAGUCGAUUCGAUACCUUGCCAGAAUGACCAAGUUGCUCCGCGAAAUGUAUAUAGGCUCAGACUACAGUACCCCAGUCAAGCCUAUAGAAGUCACGCCAACCUCGUGCAUUGAAUCACAGAAUACAUACCUUCUGCAGCUGGAGCAGCUCCGCGCUGAGGAACAGCAAAGGCUCAAGGCGUCAUCCACCCCAGGUGCUUUAGAAACCACCUAUACCCUAACUUACAACACGUUCUCAGCUCUGUCAUCUAAGUCAGACAUGCUUACAUUGCGCGAUAUCUUCCUGAAGAUGCUCAUGUGCACUCGUGGCAUAACGGGAGACAAAGCCUUGGAGAUCCAAAGACGAUGGCGUACGCCCCGGGAAUUUGUAAAGGCGUUUGAACGAGUUGGUCCACGAGGACCGGAUGGUAAACCCUCUCCUGCCCAGGAUGACUUGGUCGCAUCAGAGUUGAGCGGCCUAGUUGGGCGAAAGAAGAUCGGGAAGACAUUGAGCAAAAAGAUCGCAGAGGUUUGGGCACCAUGA